CAAUCAGUAACCAAUAGCAAAGUUGAAUGACUAUUCAUUAAAUUAUGGCUAAUUGGAUCACCUAGUCCAAGUCGUCAAGCAAUUCUACUACGCAGUUUGAUAUUCUCUUUCCUCUAAUUCGUAUCGAGGUUUUUGGAUUAUAUUUCGAGGCCAAUUUGAUCAUUGAUUGUAUAGAAGAUGUGGGCAGCUUCAUGUCUAGCAUCGUGCUGUGCGGCUUGCGCGUGCGACGCAUGCCGCACGGUGGUGUCAGGGAUCAGCCGACAGUCGGCUAGGAUCGCGUACUGCGGUCUUUUCUCACUAUCGCUGAUAGUCUCCUGGAUUCUUCGAGAGGUUGCCGCACCCCUGAUGGAAAAGAUUCCUUGGAUCAAUCAUUUUCACAAAACACCAGAUAGAGAGUGGUUUGAAACAGAUGCUGUGCUUCGUGUUAGCUUGGGAAACUUCCUAUUCUUCACGAUCUUGGCUAUUUUUAUGAUUGGUGUGAAGAACCAAAAAGAUCCUCGGGAUAAUAUGCACCAUGGGGGGUGGAUGAUGAAAGUUAUUUGUUGGUGUAUUUUGGUAAUACUAAUGUUCUUUAUUCCGAAUGAGAUCAUCAGCUUCUAUGAGGCAUCAUCAAAGUUUGGUUCAGGACUUUUCCUUCUUGUUCAAGUGGUGCUUUUGCUGGAUUUUGUUCAUGGGUGGAAUGACAAAUGGGUUGGAUAUGAUGAGCAGUUUUGGUACAUUGCAUUGCUUCUUGUUUCACUUGUAUGCUAUGUGGCAAGCUUUUCUUUCUCGGGACUUCUCUUCUAUCUGUUCGUACCAUCUGGACAGGACUGUGGACUUAAUACAUUCUUCAUUGUGAUGACAUUGAUAAUUGUGGUUUUGUUCGCUAUAGUCACACUGCACCCAUCAGUUGGUGGAAGCAUUUUGCCGGCUUCAGUUAUAUCUUUGUAUUGCAUGUACCUUUGCUAUAGUGGGCUCGCCAGCGAACCUAGGGAUUACGAAUGCAAUGGUCUUCAUAAGCAUUCGAAAGCAGUUUCCACGGGUACUCUUACAGUUGGGCUCCUUACAACUGUGCUUUCUGUAGUGUACUCUGCUGUUCGUGCUGGAUCUUCUACAACUCUGCUUUCUCCUCCAAGUUCACCCCGAGCAGGAGCUGGGAAGCCUUUGUUACCACUGGACAAGGCAGCGGCCGAGCAGGAGCACCAUGAGAAAGAAAAGUCGAAACCAGUUACAUAUUCAUAUUCCUUCUUCCAUUUGAUCUUCUCCUUAGCUAGUAUGUAUUCCGCAAUGCUCCUCACUGGUUGGUCAACUUCAGUUGGGGAGAGCGGGAAGUUAGUGGAUGUCGGGUGGCCAUCUGUUUGGGUUCGAAUACUGACCGGGUGGGCAACUGCUGCUUUGUUUCUUUGGUCCCUGGUCGCACCGAUCAUCUUCCCCGACAGGGAGUUCUAAUCGUAUUGAGUGAGUAGAUUUCUGUGUAGCGUUUCCAUGUUUCAGUUCUAAACUUGACGUAUUCUGAUGUGUAAAUUGGUUUUACUACUUUUCUGUUGGUCGUGACUGCAAUAUGUGCUUAUUGUGUCCAGUUUCUAAAUGAACAGAAGCUGGUUUGUGUUCAAGUUGAUAUUAUAAAAGCCUGUGUCUACCUAAUUACCUUCUUGCUGCUGUAGACUGAAAUAUUAAUAAAUGGGACUUGUGGGCAUGCUUUUGAACUA